AUGGACAUUAGAUUCCUGUCGACAGGUCACGGCAUGCUGUGCCUUGACCACAAGCCUGAAACGAUCCUGAAUUUGACAGCUGAGGAUAUUACAACCACCUCCAUCACACUGACGUGGAGUUCAGCCCUCAGCGGCGUGGUUCAUUAUAAGGUGAAAAUUCCAGGAACUACCCUCCCUGAUUUGACAGUGCAUUCGGAGACGGUCACCAUAAGUGAGCUGAUACCUGGUCAGAACUACAAGGUGGAAGUAUCUGCUGUGGAUGGAGACAACUUCACUGAAGGCGAUGCUGCCUCUCUCACGGUUUCCACAGUGCCCGGAAACAUUUUAGGUUUGACUGCUGAAAACAUCACGACAAAGUCCUUUAGCCUAACGUGGAACCUGACAGAAGGCGUCGCAGUCGGGUACAAUGUUCAAGUCACAGGAGUGCCCGACUUUGAUACCAGAGUGGAUUCUGAAAUGGCUGUUUUAACUGGGUUGACACCGGGGAGCAUGUAUACGGUGCAAGUGUUCGCUGUGGCUGAAGACAACGUUACGCAAGGCAGUGGAGCAUCUCUUACAGUGUUCACAAAGCCUGAAACGAUCCUGAAUUUGACAGCUGAGGAUAUUACAACCACCUCCAUCACACUGACGUGGAGUUCAGCCCUCAGCGGCGUGGUUCAUUAUAAGGUGAAAAUUCCAGGAACUACCCUCCCUGAUUUGACAGUGCAUUCGGAGACGGUCACCAUAAGUGAGCUGAUACCUGGUCAGAACUACAAGGUGGAAGUAUCUGCUGUGGAUGGAGACAACUUCACUGAAGGCGAUGCUGCCUCUCUCACGGUUUCCACAGUGCCCGGAAACAUUUUAGGUUUGACUGCUGAAAACAUCACGACAAAGUCCUUUAGCCUAACGUGGAACCUGACAGAAGGCGUCGCAGUCGGGUACAAUGUUCAAGUCACAGGAGUGCCCGACUUUGAUACCAGAGUGGAUUCUGAAAUGGCUGUUUUAACUGGGUUGACACCGGGGAGCAUGUAUACGGUGCAAGUGUUCGCUGUGGCUGAAGACAACGUUACGCAAGGCAGUGGAGCGUCUCUUACAGUGUUCACAAAGCCUGAAACGAUCCUGAAUUUGACAGCUGAGGAUAUUACAACCACCUCCAUCACACUGACGUGGAGCUCAGCCGUCAGUGGCGUGGUUCAUUAUAAGGUGAAAAUUCCAGGAACUACCCUGCCUGAUUUGACAGUGCAUUCGGAGACGGUCACCAUAAGUGAGCUGAUACCUGGUCAGAACUACAAGGUGGAAGUAUCUGCUGUGGAUGGAGACAACUUCACUGAAGGCGAUGCUGCCUCUCUCACGGUUUCCACAGUGCCCGGAAACAUUUUAGGUUUGACUGCUGAGAAAAUCACAACAAAAUCCUUUAGCCUAACGUGGAACCUGACAGAAGGCGUCGCAGUUGGGUACAAUGUUCAAGUCACAGGAGUGCCCGACUUUGAUACCAGAGUGGAUUCUGAAAUGGCUGUUUUAAGUGGAUUGACACCGGGGAGCAUGUAUACGGUGCAAGUGUUCGCUGUGGCUGAAGACAACGUUACGCAAGGCAGUGGAGCGUCUCUUACAGUGUUCACAAAGCCUGAAACGAUCCUGAAUUUGACAGCUGAGGAUAUUACAACCACCUCCAUCACACUGACGUGGAGUUCAGCCCUCAGCGGCGUGGUUCAUUAUAAGGUGAAAAUUCCUGGAACUACCCUCCCUGAUUUGACAGUGUAUACAGAGACCGCCACCAUAAGUGAGCUGAUACCUGGCCGGAACUACACGGUGGAAGUAUCUGCUGUGGAUGGAGACAACUUCACUGAAGGCGAUGCUUCCUCUCUCACGAUUUCCACAGUGCCCGGAAACAUUUUAGGUUUGACUGCUGAAAACAUCACGACAAAGUCCUUUAGCCUAACGUGGAAUCUGACAGAAGGCGUCGCAGUCGGGUACAAUGUUCAAGUCACAGGAGUGCCUGACUUUGAUACCAGAGUGGAUUCUGAAAUGGCUGUUUUAACUGGGUUGACACCGGGGAGCAUGUAUACGGUGCAAGUGUUCGCUGUGGCUGAAGACAACGUUACGCAUGGCAGUGGAGCGUCUCUUACAGUGUUCACAAAGCCUGAAACGAUCCUCAAUUUGACAGCUGAGGAUAUUACAACCACCUCCAUCACACUGACGUGGAGUUCAGCCCUCAGCGGCGUGGUUCAUUAUAAGGUGAAAAUUCCUGGAACUACCCUUCCUGAUUUGACAGUGUAUUCAGAGACGGUCACCAUAAGUGAGCUGAUACCUGGCCGGAACUACAUGGUGAAAGUAUCUGCUGUGGAUGGAGACAACUUCACUGAAGGCGAUGCUGCCUCUCUCACGGUUUCCACAGUGCCAGACAUCGUUUCUGACUUGACUACUACGGUUAUUACAACCACAUCUGCUGUCCUCACCUGGACUCCUCCGCAAGGUCUUGUAAUUGGCUACAGGGUGCAAGUGACAGGAACGAGCAGUUCAGAUUUAAUGGUGAAUUCUGAAGUGGCCCUUAUAAGUGGCCUGACUCCUGGCAGUUUCUAUGCAGCACAAGUGUUUUCUGUGGCUGAAGACAACAAGACCACUGGCAACGGAGUGACAAUUUCAUUUUACACAAAGCCUGGAAUUGUCGUAAAUCUGACAGUGGAGGUGAUUACUACACAAUCGAUUUUACUUACCUGGACUCGACCCCUCGGAAAUGCUACCAGCUACAUUGUGUCGGCCACUGGAGCCACCGUUUCCUACAUGACGGUACAAUCUGAACUCGCCCUUCUAACUGGACUGACGCCGGGUAGUCGCUACACAGUCCAAGUGAUGGCGGUGGCUCAAGACGGCGUUACUAAAGGAAGUGCAGCGACUCUUGUUGUGUUUACAAAACCUGCAGCUGUCACCGGACUACGUGUUAAUAGUACAACAUCAACUUCAGCUCUCCUUUCGUGGACUCUGCCCAGCGGCAACGCUUCCAGCUUCAGUAUCGUAAUUGGAGGAAAUCCGAACCUCAUGAUGGUUAACAUGACGUAUGUGAAUGUGACGGGACUUGUACCGCUGAGCCAGUACACGAUCUCAGUCAUGGCAGUGACGGAAGAUGGGACCAAAGGGAACGCCACAUCAGUCUCGUUGUCAACAACUGGUGUGUCUUUGAGAUAUCGACUUUCAAUCCUCAGCUCCGAUGGAUUGGAUGCACAAAAGAAAAAUCAGAUUCUUCAGAAGAUAAACACAGUUCUUCAAGGUCAAUUUGAUAAAAACUCCUUUUCUGCAUCCUUGACCGAAGAGUAAACUGCAAACUCUCUGGGGUCCCUUUGAGGCCUACAGCGCACACGGUGCUAAUGUUCUUGUCCUGCUUUCCUUUCUUUAAUGUCACGAAAUUUAGAAAGUGUGACAAACUGAGAAAUUUACAACAUGCUCUGGAUGGACCUUACUUCUACAUUCUUUGCUACUUCUGGCCAUUAAGAAGUACUUAACUGUAAUGCGAUGGUUAAACAUUCUCAGACGUCGUGUGCCUGGAACGUCUCGUCUCUUUCUGUUUGUGGAGUCCUUCAGGUGCUGAACAGCACUGGCCGAGCCAACAGCUAUAAUUAAUGGUGUGAAUGAAGCACAAAACUUCCAAAUCUCCCAACUCAAUCUUCCAACUUGCAGAGCCAUCUGAGACUAGAGCCUCGAUUCAAGAGAGUGUUGGCAUGUUGGGCUCUGAUGAUUUUCUGAUUUCUUUUUUUUUAUGCCUCCUAAUUGUCUUUGCCAGCUAGAAGAGUUUGCCCAACUGCUUUCUGGAAGACCCUUCGUGUUUUCUCUUUUUACAAUCAAUACAAUCAAGAAUA